AUGGGGGACGGUCACCGGAGGAGCCGGGGACUCGGGAGUCUCUCCACCAAGACCCGGGUCUCCAAGCAGACCAAGCUCCGGCUGCGCGUGAUCUUCCUGGAUGAGAGCGAGCGCACGUUCGAGGUGGAGCAAAAGGUUUUAGGAGGCGACUUCUUCAACAAAGUGUGCGGUCACCUCAAGCUGCUGGAGAAGGAGUACUUUGGACUGGAGUUCAGACACCACAGUGGAAACUAUGUUUGGUUGGAGAUGCUGAAGCCGCUGACCAAACAGAUUAAAUACACCAGCGAUCUUUUCUUCAGGUUUAUAGUUAAGUUCUUCCCUCCGGACCCGGGGCAGCUCAAGAGAGGCCUCACCAGGUAUCUUUUUGCAUUACAGAUGAAACAGGAUUUGUCGAACAGCAGUCUGACCUGUAACGACAACAGCGCCGCCCUGCUGGUCUCUCACAUAUUGCAGUCAGAGCUCGGGGACUUCGAUGAGGAUCUGGAUUGUCAACAUCUAGAGAUGAAGCAGUACGUCCCCAACCAGGAAUAUCUGGACAACAAGAUCAUCAAGUUCCACAAGAGACACAGAGGUGCGUCUCCGGCCGACUCGGACAUCCACCUGCUAGAGGUGGCGAGGAAGUUGGACAUGUACGGCAUCCGGCCGCACCCGGCCCACGACGGGGAGGGGAUGAGGAUCAACCUGUCCGUCACCCACUCUGGAGUGCUGGUGUUUCAGGGAAAUACCAAAAUAAACACUUUCAGUUGGGCGAAGAUCCGGAAGCUGAGCUUCAAGAGGAAACAUUUUCUCAUCAAACUGUACGACAAAGUGGGGCCGUCCUGUAAAGACAUUCUGGAGUUUGCCAUGGCGAGUCGGGAUGUGUGUAAAUCCUUCUGGAAGACGUGUGUCGAGUAUCACGCCUUCUUCAGACUCGCAGAGGAACCGACAGCGAUUCACAAAACAGUGUUGUCCUGUAAGGGCUCCAGCUUCAGAUACAGUGGGCGGACACAGAAACAGCUGCUGGAGUGUUUGGGAUCAGGGGAGAAGAAGAGAACUUACUGUCAGUCGGACUACGAUCCCAGACAGUGUCGGUCUUCUCCUGAUCUCCUCACCGACGUCUCCAAACAAAUGUACCAGGACUCACAUCCCUUCCCCCGGGCGACCCGUGCCUUGGCUCUUCAGUGUCAGAAGGAGUUGGAUCCACAUCAUCGAGGCGUAGACGACAUCAGGAGGGGAAGGGCUAAACGCAGCCAAUCAUCUGUGGAGGUCGCCCGGAAGCCGUGGCCUCUGUCCCAGGUCUCGCCCCUCUCUCCUCUGCACCAGUCAAGCCCCUCACCGAAGACGAGAUCGGCCUCUACGUCCCUGAUGGAGGACGUGAGAGCCGGACGCAUCGAGACGCAGCGCCAGGCCCAGCGGCUGGCCGGGGUCUACGGCAACCGGUCGAGACGUCGGCCCAAUCCCCAGCCACACCCGGACGCCGGACAGCAGCUGGUUCUUCUCUACCCAAACAGCCCUGCCUACCAGUAUCACCCCAUCCUCCCAUCAUUCCCAUCAGCUGGGUCCUCGCCGCUCAACCGUUACCCCUACCUGACGGACUAUGUUGCCGUUUCUUCACUGGAGCGUUUCCCGCAGCCACGGAGGCGGGACUAUCUGACAACAGAAGGCCUAUCGCGGCCGUCCUACUACCCACUAGGUCAAGAUUCGCCGUCUCCAUCACCAAUCAGGAGGAGCCUCCGCCCCGGUGGCUCAGGCGGGUUGGCCAGAGUUUACCAGCAGGGAAGCAAUGGGGGACGGUUCUUGGGCAUUGAGGCCGGCCAUUACAGUGACGACUGCAAUUUCCUCCCAGGGCUACCUCGCCGCGUGGCGAGCCAACCAGAUGUCAAGUUCCAUAUCUCAAGGAGUUCGAACCCCGCCUUUAACCCCGCCUCUGAGUUCCGGCCCCUUGGUUACUACCCUCACCUGAACCGGCCAACCAGACCCACCUACCUCCCACUAAACUCCUCCCCUCUGCCACAACGCCCCACGUCACUUUGCAUGAUCGGAGGCACGACAGGAAGCUACAGCGACUCGGACCCAGAGGUUUUCUACCCAUAUUACUGCCAACCACCCCCACUGGGGAAGAUGGCUCGGUCCGCUGGUCUGGCCAGGAUGAGGUUUUCCUCUGGAAGCCUCCAACUAGACGAGGAGGAAGAGGAGGAGGAGGAAGAUGAUAGAGCAGCGAGAGAAAAGGCCAAAAAGGAAAUGAGGAGUGAGGAGGAGAAUAAAGUAAGAAGUGAUAGAGAAGAGACGAAAGGUCUUCUGAAGAUGACAGAGGUCACAUUGUAGAUUCGACCUGAGCACAUUCACACCUGAUGGAUCAAAUGUUCGGUCUUCGCCUUGUUCUAGUUUUCUGAAGCUUAAAACUAAUUCCAGAACAAGCAGAACCAGCCUCAGCAGAAGAGCUUCAUCUCUAGAAGCUUUCAAGUUUUAAAGCCUUUGUCAAUGUGAAUGACUAACGACCUUCUGGAAGUUGAAGGAAAACUAGAUUUUGUGUUGGGUUCUGUGCUAGAAAACUGUGGUUUCUUCUUCUGUUCGGGGUCGAGUCUUGUUCACGUCAGUUUUUCGUUUGAAACCAUCGGCCACGGAUACGUCUGGUGUCACCACUCCGGAGUUUGAGACGAGAGAAACUGAGAUGUUUGGAAACGAUGAUGUUCAGGCUUUGCUGUGAGGCUCCUAUCACGUAACCCCUCUGCUGAACAAGCAGCUAGAAGUUUAGAAAGCAAAAUGGAUAAUCAACUACAAGUGGAUCGGUGAAGAAUCAAAACUAAUGUGGUUGUUGUACGUACAGACAGAACUGGACCAGCAGAAAAAGCCUUUGAUUUACCAGUGGACCCACGUUCCCCCCACUGGGAGGGCCGGGGGUUUCCCUGUUUGGAGCUCGAACCUGAGCUUCAGAUGUCUGCUCAGGAUCCGUCUCUUCUGGAAGUUUACCAGUCCAAUGUCCAACUGGUGGAAGACGCUGUGAUGGACCAUGAAGUCCUUUUAGUGGAAACUGAUUAUUCUCUUAUUACUUUGAAGAAUUGAAUAUGGAAUUUAGAGUGUUCUGGCAGUGUGUGAACUUGAUUAAUGUGUUUGUUGAUAUUACAGCUGAAAUCGUUAAUAAAUUAUUCUG